GCCCCCAACGCCCACUUUGUUUAUGGUUUUGUUGGUACAAAGCACUGCCGUGAGUUAGUAAAUUUUGUCGACAGGCUCCAAGCUCGCCGAUUAUUCUUCACUUUUUGCAGUUAUUUCUCUGAUAAUAUGGCUCGUCGUUAUGACACCAGAACCACAAUUUUCUCUCCUGAAGGGAGACUAUUUCAAGUGGAGUAUGCCAUCGAGGCUAUCGGCCAUGCUGGCACUUGCUUAGGUAUUUUGGCCAACGAUGGCAUCCUUCUGGCUGCCGAGAGGAGAAACACAAACAAACUUCUAGAUGAAGUUUUUUUCUCUGAGAAAAUCUACAAGAUCAACGAGGACAUGGUUUGCAGUGUUGCUGGAAUCACCUCUGAUGCCAAUGUGCUGACUAGCGAACUGAGGGUCAUCGCCCAGAGGUACUUGCUCACUUACGGAGAAUCCAUUCCUUGUGAGCAACUUGUUUCGUGGCUUUGUGAUAUCAAACAAGCCUACACUCAGUAUGGAGGCAAGAGACCUUUCGGUGUUUCGAUCUUGUACAUGGGCUGGGACAAGCACUAUGGCUAUCAACUGUACCAGUCCGACCCCAGCGGCAACUACAGUGGUUGGAAGGCAACUUGCAUUGGCAACAACAGUGCUGCGGCCGUCUCGAUUCUUAAACAGGAGUAUAAGGAGGGUAAGACCACCCUGACGGAAGCUAAGAGCUUGGCCAUCAAGGUGCUCAGCAAAACUUUGGACAUGACCAAGCUGAAUGCUGAAAAAUUGGAGAUGGCCAUUCUGGUUCGUGAGGAUGGCAAGACCAAGAUUCGCAUCCUCCCAGCGAAGGAAGUGGAGGAAAUCAUUGCUGCAUUUGAGCAGUCUGAAGCAGCUUCCUCCUCAGCUGAAGCGGCUCAAAAAUAAUUAGCGUUAAUUGAUUAUUAUUUCUUAUUCUAUAAAUAAAGCAAAGGUUUUGAUUUGAACUAAAAA